AGUACUGCAUGCAACAGACCGUUACCGUUCAUUCAGGAGAAGGUAUUGGUCAGGAUGCGCAUGCUACUUAUUCUUCUAGGUUUCGCCUUAACUCAGGCGCAUCAAAUUUGUUACCAUCCAUAUGGUUGCUUCUCGGAUGCCCCUCCGUUUGACUAUCCGUUGGUGCAGUUACCAGAAGAUCCUAAGGUGCUAAACACAAAGUUCUCUUUGUUUACAAGACUCAACAAAGACGAAGGACAGCCACUCGACCCAUUAGACCAUGCUCCAACCAACAACUCCAACUUUGAUGGAACUAAAAAGACAGUGAUAAUUGUACAUGGAUAUAUUGGUAAUUCUGGAGAGUAUUGGGUACAGCCUCUAGUCGAUGCGUUACUUAAACGUGAACAAAUGAAUGUCGUGGUAGUGGACUGGAAGAAAGGAGCCGCCUUUCCUUAUCAUCAAGCUGUUGGUAACGCAAGGAUUAUAGGCGCACAAGUUGCACUGCUUCUUAAAGGCUUGCAAGAACAGACAAGAUUGGAUUUGAUGAACGUUCACUGUAUUGGAUUUAGCAUGGGCGCACAUGUGUGUGGUUUUGUGGGAAGAAAUUUCGCUCGCAGCAACGUAACAAUUGGCCGUAUAUCAGGUUUGGACCCAUCGGCACCAUAUUAUGAAUUUCGUCAUGCUGAUGUACGUCUUGAUAAAACCGAUGCAGAUUUUGUCGACGUUAUUCACACCGACACUAAAACGCUUUUGGUGAAAGGCUUCGGCACUGCGCAGGAGCUUGGACAUUUAGAUUUUUAUCCUAACGGUGGUCAUGAUCAACCGAACUGUCGAAAUCUAGAUAACGGUGUAACACAGUAUCUUACAUGCAGUCACUACCGCGCAAUUGAAUAUUUCACAGAAUCGAUUAAUAUUCAAAACUGUCCUUCAAGAGGUUAUCCAUGUAAAGAUUAUCAGACAUUUGCGAAAGGACUUUGCACUAAAUGUACUACAUGUCCUCGGAUGGGAUACAGUGCGGUUGAAUAUAAGGACAGUGCUACAGGUGUUUACUAUCUCCAAACUGCAGGAAAAAAACCUUUCUGUGCGCACCACUACAACAUAGCCUUUUACACGGAAUCACAAAUCGCUGGUGAUUUAGACGAUGAAGUUGAUGUCAUUAUCACAGGAGAAAAAGCCGUGUCCGAGAAGAUAACCAUACCAAGUCACUAUUAUAAAUCAGGAAGCAUUGACAGUUUUCUAAUUCAUACACGAUUCGAUCUCGGAAAACCAGAGAAGAUAAAAGUCCAACAUGGUGCAUGGUUGGACAUGUGGAAGCUACAAGCCGUAGUGCUUAGACCCAUGUGGAAUGAUAAAGUGUAUACUGGAUGUUACAAGCGAUGGCUUAACACAGCUAAAAAUGAAGUACCACUCAAGACAGGUCAAGCUGCAUAUUGUCCCUAAAUUUUGACAAAGAAAGAUAUAAUGAGUCAGGAAAA